AAAUAGCACACUUCCGGUGGGUAAAGACAAAAACAGACCGAGGAGCAGCCCAGCGGUGAGAAGAGGUCGGCCCGUCGACGCGGAGAGGUGGACUCAGUGUCUGUAAAGGUGUCCAGUUAAAACACAGACGGAGAGAAGAAGACGAACAGAGCCAUGGUGAAGAUCAGUUUCCAGUCUGUCGCGGGACAGAAAGUGGAAAAGGAGAGCGAUGGCGACAAGACCGAAAUCCUCAUCCCUCAUCCGAUGGAUGAGGAGGAGCUGGUUCUGCCUCUGCGGCCCAAGAAGUCUCUCCUGAACGGGCUGUGCUGCCUGACGUUCGGCCUGGUUGUGUUCAUGGCCGGUCUGGUCCUCGCCUCCAUCUACGUCUACCGCUACUACUUCAUACCUCAUAUCCCAGAGGAGAACCUGUUCCACUGCCGGGUGCUGUACGAGGACUCCAUGUACGCCCCGCUGCGUGGACGCCAGGAGCUGGAGGAAAACGUCGGCAUCUACUUGGCCGACAACUACGAGAAGAUCUCUGUGCCCGUGCCUCACUUUGGAGGCAGCGACCCCGCCGACAUAAUCCACGACUUCCACAGGGGACUGACCGCCUACCAUGACAUCGCUCUGGACAAGUGCUACGUUAUUGAGCUCAACACCACCAUCGUGAUGCCUCCACGCAACCUCUGGGAGCUUCUCAUCAACGUCAAGAAGGGAACAUACUUGCCUCAGACCUACAUCAUCCAUGAAGACAUGGUGGUGACCGGCAAAGUGCACAACAUGCGUCAGCUGGGACCCUUCAUCUACCGCCUGUGCAAUGGGAAGGAAACGUACCGCCUGAACCGCCGCGUCACCCGCAGACGCAUCAACAAGCGCGAGGCGAAGGACUGCCACCACAUCCGCCACUUUGAGAAUACGUUCGUGGUGGAGACUGUUAUCUGCGACGAAGCGUAAACAUCAACGGUUCAUCCCGCCACCACCCAGAGGCGCAUCUACUCCAGUCACUACCCCAGCCACUGUAGCACCCUCCGGUGGAUCAGAUCACGUCUGAGUUGCACUUUACUUGUGAUUUUGGUUUGAUGUCCUUUGUAUUUCACUACCUGCCUGUUUGUUUUUUUAAAUUUCCCACAGGUAAUAUUUACCCUGAAGCGUGAUGCAAUACUAAGCCGUUGGUUCUAUCACAGGAUUUUCCAUGUAGCAAAGUCCUCAAGCCAAUAAUGAAUCAUAAUUUCACGACCUCUCCUCUCGCUCUUGUGGGAUUUGUGUGAUGGUUACUGUUGUCGGGGGAGGGAGGGGUGACUUCUUCUUCUUCUGUUUGUUUCUCUCCCUCCCUGGAGGUUCAUCACUGCAGAGCAUGAAGCAAACAUCAUCCAUAGGUUUCAGUUAGUGUCUUUAUUUCUCAUGUUCUUAAUAAUGUAAACCUGCUGACUAGUUGCUUGCUUGCAUCUGAAUCCUCCUGCCUGCUGCUUCCUUGCUUUUCAUCUCCCUCUUAAAAAGCAUCAGCACAUAGUGAGUGUUAGAGACGGUUGCAUCGGGCGUUAGAUUGCAUUGUUUGUUUUUUUUUAAUAUAAAAUAAAACCAUAUUUAUUUUUGCUGCUUUUCUCUUUUAAUUGUGCUUUUUUUUUUUUUUUUUUUGCUCUAAAAGCUCCUGAUCACUACGUCUGUGAAUCUUUUUUCAAUAAGUUUUCCCUUGCAUGUAUUUAUCUCUAAAUGAAAAAAAGCACUGGUGUAGAAUGUUUUGUAAACCGACGUUUAAAGCCUUAGUCCAGAGUCAGAGACCGGACUAAAGUCAGUUCUGCUGAGAGGCAGCGAAUCAAAUGAAAUGUUAGUUCAACUAAACUAAACUCUGUAUAUUUUGUCUGCUGAUAAAAUCUGUCUGUGAAUAAAGUAGUGAAAAAUGUU